AUAGAUAGUAUAGCAUAAUAAAAAGGCAGACGCAUGCGCAUGGAUGACAAUCUGUUGGCCCUCGGUGAAGAGACCAGAGCAAACGGAUGUGAGCAAGGGAAAGAAUUACCUCUAUCUCCUAGCAUACAUGGUGAAAUUCCCAUGGGAUCAGAACGGAUGGAGAUGCGCAAGAGGCAGAUGUCGGUGCAACAAGAGACACCGAGCACUGCACAAGCGCAGCAGGAGACAGGGAGCCGAGGAUCCAAUGCCUGCUGCUUCUGCUGGUGCUGCUGUUGCAGCUGCUCAUGUCUUACUGUUAGGAAUGAAGAUGGAGAUGAGAGGUCUGCAAGAGCCUCCCAUGACGUCAGGGCGGAAGGCACCCCAAGCUGUGAAGAAAGCCCAAAUCCGACACUGGAGGAGGUGGGCUCCUGGGGGCAGUCCUUCGACAAGCUAAUGAAAGGCCCUGCCGGACGAAACGCUUUCCGCGAUUUUUUACGAACAGAAUUCAGUGAAGAGAACAUGCUGUUUUGGCUAGCCUGUGAGGAACUUAAAAAGGAAACCAACAAAAGUGUCAUAGAAGAAAAAGCACGGCUUAUAUAUGAAGACUAUAUUUCAAUCCUUUCGCCUAAAGAGGUCAGCCUGGACUCCAGAGUUCGUGAAGUGAUCAACAGGAAUAUGCUUGAGCCAACAUCCCACACGUUUGACGAUGCACAACUGCAGAUAUACACCUUAAUGCACAGAGACUCAUACCCUCGAUUCAUGAACUCUUCAGCCUACAAGAACCUGCUCCAGAGCUUAUCGGAACCGUCCUCAGAAUCUUAGGAACUGUCUUUCCUUUUUCUUAAAUUAUUUACAAUAGAUAAUGUCAGUAGGCCAAGUGGCCACUCACAGUGACUUUAGACCUGUAGGAUCUGACCCUGAAAUGUAAACUCAGGCCUAUUUUACUCUGGAUUUUAAUGUCUCAAAUCUGCAGAGGGCUCCCCAACACCAGCCAAAUGCAGCUUCAGACCAACUUAGCAAGACACUCCAAAGGAUAACUGAAAAUAAAAAGCCUGUUGUUAUGUUUUUUAACUAUAUGUUGGCAUGUGUGUGUGUAUAUAUACACUGCCAACAACAUUGGGGCACCCUUCAUCUCUGUAUUUGUUGUGAGUAAUAUAUGUGUGUGUGUGUCUAUAUAUAUAUAUAUAUAUAUAUAUAUA